AUGGCAACAUUGAUUGUUGAUGAUCAUCCAACUACUCUUCUUGAUCAUCAAUGGCUUAACAGUGAUCAAGCAUUGGAAUGUUUGAAAGCUAUUAAAGAACGAACAGAGAAUCAACUCCGCGAUUUUUCGCUGUUAUUCAAUCCAACACUUCCUCAUAGUAUAGUGACGAAACAAUAUCGUUAUAAGAUUCUUCUUGUUGGUAAAACAGGAUGCGGUAAGACUAGUUUAGUACGUGCUUUGAUGGGUAAAGAAUUUUCAACAUUGAAUUCACAACCAACCUUGGGCAUUCAAACAACAAAUAUCUAUUGGCCUGUAAGAAUAAAUCAAUCGACGAAACCAGUAUUUAUGUUUCGGCUUGAUUUCUGGGAUGUGGGGCAUACAAGUUCAACUCGAUUUGAUUAUAUUGACAAAGAUUCAGUCGAUUCACUGGAUAUGAUAAUUUUUGUUGUGUCAGCAGCUGAUCGCGAAGGAUUCAAUGAAUUACCCAGAUUAAUCGAAGAAAAACAAAGUCAGUGCAGUCCCAGUCGUCGAUUUAUUAGUCUAGUUUUUAUUACCAAAUUUGAUCAAUAUCCUGUAUUAACAGAAAACGAUGCCAAUGAAUUUCAAACUAAAUAUAAUAUUUCUGUAUACUUGUUGUCGAAUGCGUAUUCAACUAUGCGUUUAGCAACAGGCUAUUUGAAUUUAAUCUCUGAAAAACUCUAUAGACGUGAUCUUGAAUUAACUGGCCAACUUUGA